ACCCACGAGGGUGUCCGCCAUAUUUGAUCCUCGAGGAAAAAGGCGAAAUGCCGACCUAUUUUCAGCGUCCAGAGAAUGCUCUGAAGAGAGCUAAUGAAUUUAUAGAAGUUGGUAAGAGAGAGCCAGCGUUAGAUGUACUCUAUGAUGUCAUCAAAAGCAAAAAACACAGGACCUGGCAGAAUAAGAUCCAUGAACCUAUUCUGUUUAAGUAUUUAGAAUUAUGUGUAGACCUUCGCCGCAGCCAUGUAGCCAAGGAAGGUCUGUACCAAUACAARCUGAUCUGUCAACAAGUGAACAUUGCAUCACUUGAAGAGGUCAUUCAGUAUUUCUURAAGCUUGCUAAUGCAAGAGCUGAAGCAGCCAAGGCAGAGUCUAGAGUGGGGACACUUGAUGAUGAUGAUGUUGAUGACUUGGAUCAAAUCCAGACUCCAGAGAGCCUACUGUUGAGUUUUGUCAGUGGGGAAGACAUCCAAGACAGAACUGACCGUGUUCUGUUAACACCUUGGGUUAAGUUCCUGUGGGAGGCAUACAGGAAUGUACUGGAAUUACUGCGAAACAAUUCAAGGGUAGAGAAAUUGUAUCAUGAUACAGCACAGCAAGCAUUCAAGUUUUGCCUGGAUUACUCCAGAAGAACAGAAUUUCGCAAGUUGUGUGAUAAUCUGCGUAACCAUCUGAAUGUKACCCUUAAACACCAAGGGCAGCCAAACUCAGUCAAUUUGAGCAAUGUUGAGAGCAUUCAGAUGCAUCUAGAGACAAGACUUGCACAGUUAGAUGCAGCUAUCACCAUGGAGUUAUGGCAGGAAGCCUUCAAGGCUGUGGAGGAUGUGUUUGGAAUGAUGCAGCUUUCCAAACGUCAACCAAGACCUCAGGUGAUGGCCAACUAUUACCAAAAAGUUGCCCUGGUAUUUUGGAAGUCUGGUAAUUAUCUCUUUCAUGCAGCAACACAACAGAGGUCAUAUUUACUGCUGAGAGAACAGAAAAAGACUCUCACUCCUGAAGAAAUACAGAAGAUUGCUUCACAUGUUCUGUUGUCCACACUGACAAUCCCUAUACCAGUGGCCUUAAGUGAUACAGAAAAGUAYCUUGAACUAGAUGAGACAUCAAGAGAGAAAUCCAGAAGACUUGCAGCUCUCUUGGGACAGCAAACUAUCCCAAAUAGGGACUCCCUGAUACAGGAAAUGAUCAAAGCCAAUGUACUGCAGUAUGUCAUGCCACAGUUACAGCCCUUGUAUCAGAUCCUAGAGAAGGACUUCCAUCCUYUAAAGCUGUGCUUCAAAAUCAAUGAGAUAUGUGAGUUUCUAAAGUCCAAUGAAGAUGAUCUUUGUCAGUAUGUGGAACCACUACAGGACAUUGCAAUAGUCAGGCUGUUGAAGCAGGUUGCACAAGUGUAUCAAACCAUAGAGUUUAGCAGGCUCUUGAAACUAGUGCCAUUUGCUACUGAAUACAGACUAGAGAAUGCAAUAGUUGAAACUGUCAAGAAGAACAACGUGCAGGUUCAUAUUGAUCACAAAACAAGAUCAGUAAACUUUGGCCUUGACCUUCAUGUUGCACACAGAGARGAAGUUCCAGAAGGUCCAUAUUUACAGAGUAUGCCGUCAGAGUUGCUGAGAAACCAGCUGACAAUGAUGUCCUUGGCACUGAACAAUUCUAUUGUAACUAUCAAGAAGGAGGUUCAUAAGGAUAAGAAACAUGGCGAACAGGAGCAGCUAGCUCAAGCAUACCUGAGAACAGCACGCAAGGAACACAAGCAGAUGUUAGAAAGGAAAGCUGUAAUUGAAGCUCGUAAAGAGUACCUGGAAUCACUGCAUGUUGAAAGGGAGAGACUAGAAGUCCAGCGGCAAAGGCAACAGCAGGCAGAAAGCCUCCAAGCUGAGCAGAAGCGUCUUGAAGAAGAAAGAAGAAACAGAGAAGUUCAAAGACGUAGACAAGAGCUUCAGGACAUCGAGAAGAAACAAGCCAUGGAUAAGAUAGCAGCCUUGAAGAAGACUACWGUUGGUGCUAAGGCAUUGAAAGACUUGACUCCUGAGGAAAUUGAUGCCAUGAAUCCUGAUGACAUCAUUGCGCGCCAAGUAGAGCAGCUUGAUAAGGAGAAGAGAGAACAGCAAAUCCGCUUGAAGACUCAAGAAAAAAAAGUGGAUUACUGGGCACGUGCAAUGAGGCUUGAAGAAAUUCCUUUUCUCAAGAAACAGUAUGAAGAACAAAUUGUUGACGAUCAAAAGUUCUGGGAAACUGAAGAAGAGAAAAGGAUUAGUGAUGCAAUUUCUGAACACAACAAACUGGUUGAGACGUCCAACCGUCUGCGUCGAAUGGAAGACGACAGGAAUGCAUUCAUCAACUCGUUGAUGUCAUCUCGAAAUGAGAACUAUGAGUCCAAGCUUAAGUCCUUCCAGGAAAUGCUGUCGCAGAAGCGUCAAGAGAGGCUGCAUGAGCGUCGGCUUAAGCGUAUUCAAGAAAGAAAGGUGCAGAAGAAAAGAGAACAAGAAGAAGCCAUCAGAAGGGAGAGUGAAGAGAAAGAGCGACAAGAGAGAGAAGAAAAGGAAAGGAAGGUCCGCGAAGAGAAAGAAGCUCGUGAACGCGAGUACCAAGAGAAGAAAGCAAAGUUAGACGAGAUAGCAAGGAAACAAAGAGAACGAGAAGAGGAAAUAGAAAGACGUGAAAGAGAAAGCCGUGAACAAGACGUGGACAGACGUGGAGGAGGAAGAGUGGAAAGGGGAAGUGGAGGAGGAGGAGGAGGAGGCGAAUGGGUGAUCGUGAUGGCGGAGCAUGGAGAUCUGGUGGUAUGGACCGCGAUGGUCCACCACGACGUGAUGACGAUGGCCCGUGGAGGAGAUCAGGUGACCGUCCACGUGAUGAUUAUAACCGAAGAGACAUGGAUAAACGUGAUGAAGGGGACUGGAGAAGAGACUCUCGUGGGCCUCCGCGUGACAGUGGCAGCUCUUGGCGUGACAGAGACAGUGAAAGAGACAGAGGUUAUGGAGGAGGAGGAGGAGGUGGUGGCUGGCGUGACUCAGGACGCGAUCGAGGAUAUGACCGCGACAGGGGAUUUGAUCGUGACCGCGGUUUCGACCGCGACCGGGGAUUUGACCGAGAUCGCGACCGCGACAAAGGAUUUGAUCGUGACCGCGACCGGGGAUUUGACCGUGACCGAGAUAGGGGAUUUGAACGUGAUCGUGGGUUUGACCGUGACCGUGGUUUUGACCGUGACCGCGACAGGGGAUUUGAACGUGACAGAGACAGGGGAUUUGAUCGCGCAGGAAUGGACCGUGGAGGAGGUGGAGGAUGGCGAAGUCGUGAACCUGAACCGGAGCGUGAUGGUGGACGCGACUCUUGGCGUGGUCGUGACGAUCGUUCAGAGGAUUCAAGUAGAUCUCGUCCAGAAGGUAAAUCAUGGUCAGCUUCAAGACGUGGACGAGAUCGCCCACCGGAGAGCGGUGACCAAGAUGGCUGGACAACUGUCCAGUACAAGUGAUAUUGUUAAUAAUAACUAUUUUCCUCUGAUAC